CUUCCUGCACGCCAAACCACCCAAUUGAAGCCUGUCAGGAACGGCCGCGGUAAGUGAAUACAUGACGAGACAUUGAACUACCUUACAACUGUCGCACGCGUCUUCUCUGAACACCACAACACAUCAUCUCCUUCGGCCCCUCCAUUUCCUCCCAACACCUUUGCACGGCGCGACCAACGCGACCAACGCGACAAUGGCUUUCCGCUUCACACCGGGCCUCUUCAACCACUCCCUCCGCACACCCCUCCUCUUCGGCAGCGCAGCAGCCUUUGGCGCAGGACUCUGUUUCGCACAACAUUCGAAAUUCCUAUACAGGAGACCUCUCCUUCUCGAUUCGAGCCCUGCGGCCAUAAGUCCCAAAGACUGGUCUUUCAAUCAAUACCAAACCGACGCGCAAGUCCCCGUGGUCAAGGAUGGGAGAUUUAAUGUUAGGAGUGUGAGACAAUUGAGUAGUGGGAGUAUAAUUGGUCUCGUAGCCGGCCUCGCAGUCUCCACAUUCUCCAAAUCCCUCGUCCUCAUCAUCGGUCUUAUGAUUGCAGGCGUUCAAACAGCAGAAAGUUAUGGAAUUCAUCUCAUACCGUAUAAGACGAUUGGAAAAUAUGUGAAAGGUGUGGAUGUGAGGAGUGCGGUGCAGGAUAAUGUUGCGUUUAAGAUUAGUUUUGGGUUGAUGUUUGCUUUGAGUGCUUUUGCGGAGUUGCCGCAGUGAUGAGUAAUGGGGAAAGGGGGGAGGGGGAGACGGGAUGGGGGGGAAAUGUACAAGGAGUGGGAUGGACAACGUGAACUUCUGGGACAGGGCAGGAUGGAGAGGAGAACGUGUAAGAUGCCGUCGUUGGGCAGAUUUGCAGAGGAAGCAUUGCCACACGGCAGCCGAGCUCUCUGGAUAUGGCAAAUCCUACUCAUGAACUGGUGGUACUGAGAGAUAAGAAACAGUCUCUGCGAUGUACCAGAAUGAAAGACACAGCGAUAUGCUUCGGUUGCCACACUGUGCACCGAAUUUCUGGCCGACCCGAAAGACAUUAUUGUAGAUCCAAAGCUCGUCACUUCUGCUUACUUGUGCUCAACUGUAAAUCGCAGACCAC